AUGUCACUCUACUACGAGGCUGCGACCAUUCUCGCCAAUUCCGACAAUGUCGGCGGGUCGCUCAAGUCGCGCAUAUAUAAUAAGAAAGAUUUGAAGAGCACACCUGGGCAGCUCUUUGCGCUGAUUGCAGAAACGUCGAAAUGGUCGCUCGUAUUGAAGGAUGUGAUUGAGAAGUGCAAGUUACUCGCAGAAGAGAAGAAGCUGACUCCAAUUCUCGCCCUUCUGCUUUCACACGAUUUACUCCUUGCGAAGAAUGGUGUCGCAGCACCCGCCAACCACGUACUUAAGCUCGCCAUUACCCGACACAAAGCCCGCUUGAGCGCCGAGCUCACGAAAGCCCGUAUACGCCAUGGAUUUGCUACUCUUGAAGCAUUCAAAGCGGCUGUGAAUGAUGGUGGACUGGAUAAAGAAGACGGCGAUGCUUCGAAGAGUAGACAUCCCCGCUGGGUGCGCGUCAAUACUAUUAAGACGACAUUACAGGAACAGCUUGCAACGACGUUUUCUGGGUAUACCAAGACAGAAGUCCUAAAGGACGUCCUCAUUGCGCCAAAGAGCUCCAAAGUCUACUACGAAGACCCGAACAUCCCUAAUUUGCUUGCGCUGCCCUCUAAGGUUGAUCUCAGCAGGUCCAUUGCUUACACAAAGGGUCAGAUAAUAUUCCAGGAUAAAGCAUCUUGCUUUCCCGCGUACUUUCUGGAUCCGACCCCAGACGAUGGUCAUGUCAUUGAUGCGACCGCGGCGCCAGGAAAUAAAACCACACAUCUUGCCGCCAUUGUUUCCGAUAGAAGGCAGCCGGGCGAGGAACAAAAGGUCAUUGCUUUCGAGCGCGACAAAGGCAGAACUUUUACAUUACAGAAGAUGGUCAAGUUGGCGUCGGCAGAUAGCAUUGUCCAGGUAAAGGGUAACAGCGACUUCAUAGCCGCUAAACCUGGGUCAGACGAGUACGCCAACGUUGGAGCUAUACUUCUUGAUCCAAGCUGCUCAGGUACCGGUAUUGUUGGGCGCGAUGAUGCGAUCAAAAUGCACCUUCCUGAUGCACCUGGCUCCCAAACAACAUCACAUAAGCCAGAAAAGGGAAAAAAGCGAAAGAGAGGUGAUGAGGCAACAAAGGCCGACGCGCAACCGACGCUGAACCUGGACAUGGAUGAUUCGGCACCUGAAGAGACACCAAUACAGGGCAAAUUGACAGAACGACUGGCCGCCUUGUCUAGCUUUCAACUUCAUAUUCUCACUCACGCCAUGCGGUUCGAGAGUGCGCACAAAAUCACUUACUCUACAUGCUCGAUCCAUUUCGAGGAGAACGAAGGCGUCGUUUUCCAGGCGCUGGCAUCCUCGGUCGCAAAGGAGCGGGAGUGGAGGAUUCUCAAACGGGAUCAGCAAGUGGAUGGAUUGCAAAAAUGGCACAGAAGAGGCAUCUGGGAAGAGGAUAAGAUAGAUGGUGACAUGGACGAGUCAUUCAAGAAAGAUGUAUUGGAAGCAUGUAUUCGUUGUGACAAAGGUACUGAAGAAGGUACAAUGGGUUUCUUCGUGGCUGCCUUUAUUCGUGAAGGCAAUCAGCAGCCGGUACAAGUAACUGAGGUUGCGGUUUCUGAGGAUGAGGAAUGGGGUGGCUUCAGUGAUCAUGGCGAAGUGGAAGAAGCAGUAGUACCGGUGGUGGAGGAGCCCAAAGGCCGCAAGAAGAAAAAGCGAAAACAUAGCAAGAAGUGA